ACUCCUAGUCAGGCACACGCCUCCUGAGUGAGAGGAGGGCCGGCCGUCUCCUCAGGCGCCCACUUCUUUCUGGGGCAGGCAGUCCCUGGAGAGGGAGGAAGGGAGGGCAGGAAAGUUGAGGGCAGGAGGCGGAGAGCGGCCGGCCGCUGCUGACACACACAUGUCCACCUGAGCACGGCACAACUUUCCACAGGCAGCCGAAGGAUUCCCUAUUCCUGGACCUGCUGGGACUGAGCCCAUUCCGCCCACACCAUGGCCAGAGACCCCGAGGACGAGCUCUAAUCAUCCGCUCCUCUAAGAGACCACACUCCCUGGCCCUGCGACCAUGUCUGCUGGAUUAACUCCUUCUAGGAUGGACAGGAGGCGUCAGAUGAUAGUGAUUGUGCUGGGAUUCGCAGCUUUCUUCUCCCAGUCAGAAGGUGCUUGUCUCUUCCAGGGUUCCUUGUUUGCGAACAGUACUGAAUGGAAGCCUGAAUCCUGUCAAGAUUGUGCCUGUCAUGACAAUAUUGUGGUGUGUGAAAAGACCCUUUGCAGAGACCCCCAAUGUGAUUUUACAAAGGGAGAACUUUUUCGAGUAGAUCCUAAUAAGUGCUGCCCUGAAUGUGCUUCAAGAUCAGAAGGCUUUUGUCGACAUGAAGGGAAGGAACAUGCCCACGGUACACAGUGGACUCCCUCGAAAUGCAUUCUGUGCAGGUGUGUGCAUGGAAAGGUAACCUGUGCCUCUAAGCCCUGCCACAGGACGAGCUGCAGAGCGGGGGGAAUCGAGGCUGUAGCUCCUGGGGAAUGCUGUCCAUCAUGCGUGGGGACAGGAGAGUCCUGCUCUCUUGAUGGUGGUCUUAUGCUAAAGGAUGGAGAGGAAUGGAAGUUGGGACAGUGUUCAAGAUGUACCUGCAAGAAUGGGGUGAAGCAGUGCCUAGUAGCUGAUUGUCUUCCCUUGCUAUGCGAUAAGGAUGAAAUGUUGGCUGUCGUUCCUGGAAAGUGUUGUCCUGAGUGCCUUCCAAAGUCAUGUACUGUUUCUGGAAAGACCUACGAGCAUGGCUCACAGUGGAAGAAAAAUUCCUGUGCCACCUGUAUUUGUGACAGAGGUGAAGUGAAGUGCCAUACACAGACUUGUCCCUCACUUUCCUGUGACAAGGGCCAGAGCAAAAUGAAACGCUCUGGACAGUGCUGUGAAGAGUGUGUGUCCUCUAAAGGCAGCUGUAUGGUGGAUGGAUCCAUCAAGUACCAUGGAGAGCUCUGGAAUGGAAGUCACUGUAAAUUCUGCUUGUGUGACAGAGGGAAAGUACUGUGCCAUCCAGCUCAGUGUUCCCAAGUAGAGUGCUCAUGGGGUGAAGAAUUAGUACAUUUCGAGGGAAAGUGUUGUGCGGAAUGUGUGCUGAGUACCAGCUACUGUCUUCAUACAGAACAUGGCAAAGAGGAUUCUCAUUCAGAUUUAAGUGGAGUCAAACAUUUGAUGGAUGGAGAGAAAUGGAAAGAAGAUGACUGUACCGAGUGUGAGUGCCAGAAUGGUCAGAUCACCUGCUUCGUUCCAUCCUGUCCAUCGUGCCCAGUAGGAACUCUGGCAGUAAAGAAAGGUGGAGAAUGCUGUCCUCAGUGCAAACAAGAGCAGUGUAACCCAGACUGCUUAACCUGCUCUCAGUCUAUUGACCACUGUGACAUCUGCCGUGAUGAAGCUCGCUUGUUGCAGAUGGGACGCUGUGUGUACAGCUGCGACCCUGGAUUCUAUCUGGAUGGCAGGACAUGCUUAGCUUGUAAAGAAAACUGUAUAACUUGUAACAAUGGAUUUGAGUGUACAGCAUGUAUUGGAUCUCUUCUGUUGAAGGAAGGACAGUGUGUGUCAUCUUGUGGACCAGGAUACUUCCAGAGCCCUUUAGUCUGUUCAGUUUGCCAUGACUCUUGCUCUGAGUGUCAUGGACCUUCAGAAAGUGACUGCAUAACAUGCAAAGACCCAUUACAAGUGAAACGUGGAGGUCACUGUGUAGACAGCUGUGGUCCGGGAUUCUAUAUACAAAAUGGAACCUGUGCAGAUUGUGAUCCAUCAUGCCAUGCUUGCUCUUCAGACAACAGCAGAUGCUUAAGCUGUGCCACAGGCAGAAUCCUUCACCAAGGCAAAUGUGUGCUGCAGUGUCCAGCAGGUUAUUAUGCUGACUAUGAUGGACUGCUGUGUAUAGCUUGUCACAAAGAUUGUGCAUCAUGUUCCGGACCACUAGCCAACCAGUGCACAUCCUGCUCACCUCCGCUGGCCUUGUUAAAAGGGCAAUGCAUCAGUAGCUGCGGCAUAGGAUAUUAUUUUGAUGGAAACCACUGCAAUGCUUGCCAUCCAUCUUGUCGUGUCUGCCUGGGCCCAGAAGACUCCCACUGCACACAGUGCACAGAUUCAGAGCAUUCACUACAGGCAGUUCAAGAGUACGGAGGAAAGCCUUAUGGGAGUUGUGUGCCUCAGUGCAAGCAACACUUUUAUGUGGACGUUACAGGAAUAUGCCAAGAAUGCCACUCCACGUGUCGAAACUGUAUUGGGAAGGACCAUUUAAACUGCACAGACUGCACUGCUCCUAAUGUUUUGCACUAUGGAACAUGUUUACCACAAUGUCCUGAAGAAUUCUAUGGCAAGGAUGCAGCUUGUUAUGCUUGCCACCCAUCCUGCAAGGAGUGCAGCGGGCCUUCUGAAGCACAUUGUCUGACAUGCCACCCUCAUGCAACUCUUAAUGCCGGAAUCUGCAAGACUCCCUGCCCUGAUGGACAGUACCUGAAUUUAGUGGGUUAUUGUGUUGAUUGUCAUCCCCAGUGUCAGUAUUGUGUAGCAAAUCUGCAUGACACAGGCAGUGUGUGUUUGAAGUGCCAGUACUCUAGAUACUUUUUUCUUGGGGAGCGUUGCCUACCAGAUUGCCCAGGAGGAUUUUAUGUAGAGGGCAGAACUUGUAAAGGUUGUCACCUGUCCUGUAAAACUUGCAGCGGCCCAGGUCUGAACGCUUGUUUAUCCUGUGAAGAUGGUCUUGUUUUGUCUCACAGUGGGAUGUGUACACAGUCAUGUGCCCAAGGAUAUUACCAGGAUGGAAAUGUAUGCACAGUUUGCAAAAGCCAGUGUUUAACUUGUGACUCAGCGGAAGGAUGUACUGCAUGUAAAGACCCGAAGAAAGUUCUGCUGUUUGGAGAGUGCCAAUAUGAAAGCUGUACCCAACAGUACUAUCUUGACUACACCAGUGGUACAUGCAAAGAAUGUGACUGGAGCUGCAAUGCAUGCAAAGGCCCCUUGAACACAGACUGCUUGCAGUGUAUGGAAGACUACAGCUUACAGAACGGUGCUUGUGUCGAGCACUGCCCACCUUCAUAUUACAAGCACGGCGACACAUGCAGAGAGUGUGGAGCUCACUGUCAGUUCUGUGUUGAUGUCAAUCACUGCAGUCAGUGCAAAGCCCCAUUUUAUCUUUUGGAUGGACAGUGCGUCACGGAGUGUGGUCAACAGCAUCAUGUUUACCACUCUGACCGGACAUGCCUCUCCUGCUUUUCUGGAUGUCUGGAAUGUGACAGUUCCCAGCGUUGCAAAAUGUGUAACAAUAAGACGUUUUUAAAGGAUCAUCACUGUGUGCAUCAUUGUGGACAUGGAUUCUCAGGAAACAGUAAGACAAGGAGAUGUGAAGUUAACUCACAUCCCCCAGUUCUCCUAGUGAAUGGCUCUUUCACAGUGGGGAUCGGCGCAGUAAGACCAUUGGACCUUUCUUUUAUGAAUGUUCAGGAUUUGGAUACAGAAGAGGCUGGUCUUACAUUUCAUAUUGUGACUGCUCCAGCCAAUGGCCGGCUCGUGAAAAUAACGCAUGGCAAGGAGAUUCAUCUAAACAAGGACACGCACUUUAGCUGGAAGGAUCUGAUUGAGCAAAGGGUGAGAUUUAAGCACAGCAAAGAGAAAUCAAGGAAAGGCUUCUUUUCACUAAAGGUCAGUGAUGGACAUCUCUACUCGCAGCCAAAGACAAUAAACAUACAAGCAGUGUCAACUAAGGCACCAUACAUCCUAAGAAAUGAAGAAUUAGUGGUUGGCAAAGGUGAAGUUGGAUCUAUCAGUGGUUUUGUCCUUGAUCUAAGAGAUGAUGAUAAUCCCCAGGAUGUUACAGUUAUUGUUCUAACGGCUCCAAAAUAUGGACAGCUGGUGAUUCCCCCAGGGAACACGCCCAUCCACAAAUUCCGACUCGAUGACAUUACAAACAGAGCGCUUCAUUAUAUCCAUGAUGGCUCUGAAAGUCAAUCAGAUGUAAUUGUUUUCCAGGCAAAUGAUGGCUACUACUUCCAGAAUAUUCUGUUUCAUGUCAAAGUUGCAGAUAAGAUAAACGGAGGGAUACAGCUUGUAUUAAACUCAGCUGUUUGGGUUCCAGAAGGAGGAAUGCUUCAGAUAUCACAUAGACUCCUGCAGGCUAGGGCCUUUGGCGUGGCCGACUCCGAUAUCCUAUACACCAUUACGAGUGAUCAUCCGAAAUUUGGUGACGUUGUCCUUCUGGCUCCUAUGUCGGCUGACGGUCCAGCAAAUAGUUGGCAGCGACUGCCUGAUGGACGAUUUGCGACCCCGGCCAACUCUUUCACACAGCAGGACAUCAACGAGGGACUGCUUUGGUACAGGCAUUCUGGAUCCCAUUUACAAGGACGAGAUGCAUUCAGUUUCCAGAUUUCCAGUGCAUCAACAAAUCAUGCCCCCCAAGACAGACACACUUUCAAUAUUGGUAUUUUACCCAACCACCCUGAGGCACCGCAACUUUCUCCAGGAUCCUCCCUCCACAUGACAGCUCUUGAAGACCGGAUAACAGUGAUUCAGUCCCAUUAUCUGUCCUUUGUUGAUUCUGAAAGCCCUAGUGAAAAAAUCGUUUACAAUGUGACUGUUCCAUUACAAGCACAUGAAGGUACUUUAGAGCACAAAGACAGGCCCCGAAUGCAGGUGAGAUACUUCACACAAGCUGAUAUUAAUUCUGGAAGCAUUGUCUACCGUCCACCGCGAGCAGCACCUCACUUGAGUGAGAUCAUGGAUUUCUCCUUCACAGGUCUCCCUGAAUCAGUGAAUUUCUUCUUUACAGUUUCAGAUGGGGAGUUCACCACAGCGGAAAUGCCAUUUACCAUCCAUUUGCUUUCAAAUGAACAGCAACCUCCCGUAUUCCAGAUCACUGCUCCGCUCCUUGAGGUGACGCAAGGUGGAAGAGUUCCUAUUGGAAUGCAGCUUGCAGUGAGUGAUACGGACACGGCUCCAGAGGAUCUGUUAUAUGAAGUGGUGGAACCGCCUCGUUUUGGUGUCCUUAUGAAAUCUGAAGAUGGCAUACAGACUGUUAUGACUUCAGAUGAUACAUUUACUUAUGAAGAUAUCAACAGAAAUGCUGUGCAUUACGUGCAUGAUGGCUCCGCAACAACGGAAGACAGCAUGGAGAUUGUAGUCACUGAUGGAGUGACUUCCACCACAACUCUUCUGAAAGUAAUAGUCACGUUGGCAAAUGACAAUGGUCCUCGCCUUGUCCCUGGUUCUCUGUUGUCUAUUACGGUGCCUAGAAAAAGCUCUGUUGUCAUUACAAACUCAAAUCUUGCUUACACGGAUAGUCAUUCCCAGGACUCUAAAAUCAGAAUCCAGCUGGUCUCCCUGCCAAUGUAUGGUGUUCUAACAAAGGCCAAGUCAGGACAAGUGGCCGAGGAGCUAUCAGAGUUCUCCUUUUUCACAAUGGAAGAUAUCAACAACAGGAAGAUUAAAUAUUCCACAAUAUCAGAGAUAGACAGCCAGCCUCUCACUGAUCUGUUCCACUUCACUGUGUACAAUGAGGACAAUGACCGUCUGGAUAAUCAGAUAUUUACUAUCACCAUUACACCAGUCAGUAGGAGUCUUACGGUAUUUCAGUCUGGUGAGCACAUAACGGUGGAAGAAGGAGGGAGAAUUCCUCUAUCUGUACGUAAUAUACUGCCUCUUGAAUCUGUAGCAUUUGUUCCAAGGCUAAAAAUACAUGUUGUCACUGGACCAAGGUUUGGUUACCUUGAGAACAUCAAGAACGGAGGCCGAACUUCUCUAGGAGGUCAGGAGGGCUCUGAAUCUUCGUUUUCAAUUCAGGACAUCGUAGAGAAUUACAUCUACUAUGUACAGAGUGUCCAUGACAGUGUGGAGCCGAGUGUUGACUACUUUAGUUUUUUUAUGACUGAUGGAUCGAGCCAGUCUGAAAUUCACAAUAUCACCAUCACCAUAGAGAGCAAGAAUGAUGAACCUCCCCAGCUAUUUUUAUUGCCUGUAAGUGUCCAUGAUAAUGCAGGAGCAGUAAUAAGGAAUACCUCCUUAAGUGUCCAGGACAUUGAUACACCAGAUAAUGAGCUCGUUUUCAUUGUCACAAAAGCACCUUCCCAUGGGCUUUUACGCAGGAGGCAAUUCUACUCUGAGCCAUUGGAUAAUGGAAGGAUCCUGGCCCAAGGCUCCUCUUUUACUUAUCAGGAUAUAUUAGAUGAGUUGAUUGUAUACAUACCAGAUACUGGGGCUACGCAUUCAGAUGAAUUCAGGUUCUCACUCUCAGACGGUCGGUACACUCAUACUGGAAGAUUACAGUUUACUAUUGAGCCACAGACAAAGGAACCACCAAGGCUGGCUGUAAACAGAGGCCUACAAAUCUCAGCAGGCUCAACAGCUACAAUCACUGACCAGCAUUUAAAGGGAACUGACCUGGAUUCAGAUGAUUCCAAGCUAAGAUACGUCAUCAAGAGAGAUCCGGCUGUGGGACAAUUACAGAUGUCAAAGAAUAAUAACUUGGUGCCAAUUUCUGUUAAAGGACCAGUUACCAGCUUUACUCAGAUGGACGUUAAUAAAGGAUACAUUCUGUAUAAGCACAGUAAAGGCGAAUCAGGAGGAAGUUUUUCUUUUAAAUUUGAUAUAGUUGAUUCAGAAGGGAAUACACUGAUUGACCAGCCAUUCUAUAUUAGUAUAUUAGAAGACAGACUGCCGCCAUCAAUUACUGCCAACAAAGGUCUCACCUUGGAUGAGAAUACUUGGAAGAAAAUCACUACACAGCAACUGUCCGCUACAGAUCGUGACAGUGAGCCCAGAGAACUACUCUUCCGCAUCAAUAGGCAACCUAGCCUUGGGCAUCUGGAGCACAUAAGCUCCCCAGGCAUAAAAAUUAGCAGCUUCAGCCAGGCAGAUCUGGAGUCGCGAAGUAUUCAAUACAUUCACACUAGUGCUGAUGAAAAGCAUGCCGAUGACUUUACCUUCACCGUCUCAGAUGGAGUCAAUGAGGUAUCUCAGACCUUUUAUAUUACCAUCAAUAAAGUGGACGACUCUUUACCUAUGGUGCAGAAUUUAGGAAUGAGGGUGCAAGAAGGUGUUCGAAAAACUAUUACAGAAUUUGAGUUGAAAGCUAUUGAUGCUGAUACUGAGGCAGAAUCCGUUACAUUCACCAUUGUCCAGCCACCUCGUUAUGGAGUGAUUGAACGCAGCACCAAUGGUCAGAGCUACCGCCAGACGUUUACCUUCACAAUGGAUGACAUCUACCAGAAUCGUAUCAGCUACAAUCAUGACGGAAGUAAUACUCUGAAGGACCGAUUCUCCUUCACCGUAUCAGAUGGAACUAACCCUUUCUUUAUUGUAGACGAUGGAGGGAAAGAGAUUGUUACUGCAGCGCCUCAGAGAUUUAAAGUAGAUAUCCUUCCAGUUGAUGAUGGAACACCAAGAAUCAUUACCAAUUUAGGACUUCAGUGGUUGGAAUACAUGGAUGGAAAGGCUUCCAAUUACAUUACAAAGAAGGAACUAAUGACCAUAGAUCCAGACACCGAUGACAAGCAACUUACCUAUGAAAUUUUAAGUGGGCCCACACAUGGCUAUUUGGAAAACAAACUAAAACCUGGGUUACUCCUCACUUCAUUUACACAAGAGGACAUAAACCUGGGCUUGAUGCGUUAUAUUCUAAAUGAAGCCAAGUACAAGGAAACCAUGGAUAACUUUAAAUUUCUUGUGAAAGACAGUAAACCCAAUGUGGUCACUGACAAUGUGUUCCACAUCCAGUGGUCGCUGAUAAGCUUUACCUACGUUAGCUACAACGUAAGUGAAAAAGCAGGAUCCAUAAGUGUUAAUGUAAAAAGGACUGGAAAUCUUAAUCAGUAUGCAAUAGUCCUAUGCCGGACAGAGCAGGGAACUGCCACAUCAAGCUCCGGUGUCAGCUCUGGACCAGCACAGCAGGACUAUGUAGAAUAUGCUGGCCAGGUGCAGUUUGAUGAGCGAGAAGACAGUAAAGCCUGUACCAUCAUCAUUAAUGACGACCAGGUAUAUGAGAAUAUUGAACAUUUCACAGUGGAGCUGAGCAUGCCAGCCUAUGCCCUUCUGGGGCAGAUCACUAAAGCCACCGUUAACAUUAAUGACACCGAAGAUGAGCCCACUCUACAGUUUGAUAAGAAGAUCUACCGUGCUAAUGAGAGUGCUGAUGUCCUGUCUGUACCUAUUGAAAGAAAAGGUGAUCCAGGAAGCAUUGUUUCUACUAUCUGCUACACAAUCCCCAAAUCUGCUAAAGGCAGCAGUCUUUAUGCACUGGAGUCAGGGUCUGACUUUAAGUCUAGGGGAAUGACCAAUGAAAAUCGUAUCAUUUUUGGACCUGGAGUUACUAUGUCCACAUGUGACAUCAAAGUAAUAGAUGACAGUGAAUAUGAAGAAGAAGAAGAAUUUGAGAUAGCCUUGGCUAACCCUUCAGAGAAUGCUAGACUUGGAAGUAUUGCAAUUGCCAAGGUUAUUAUUGAAGGACCCAAUGAUGCUUCAACGGUAUUCUUGGGCAACGCCACCUUUAUUGUCAGCGAAGAUGCAGGCUCUGUAGAGAUACCAGUGAUGCGUAGUGGACCAGACCUCUCUGUGCCAACAUCUGUAUGGUGUGCCACUCGCCCUUCAGAUCCACCGUCUGCUACACCAGGAAUUGACUACAUCCCGAGCUCCAAAAAAAUUGAAUUUAGACCUGGGAAAACAGUAGAGCACUGUACCCUGUCUAUACUUGACGAUACACAGCACCCAGUCAUCGAGGGAUUGGAGACAUUUGUGGUCUUCCUCAGCUCUGCACAGGGGGCUGAACUCACAAAACCAUUUCAGGCAACAGUUGCCAUCAACGAUACGUAUCAAGAUGUUCCCAGCAUGCAGUUUGGUAAAGACAUAUUCACAGUAAAGGAGAAGGAUGGAUUGCUGCAUGUUCCUGUCAUUCGUACUGGAGAUUUAAGUUAUGAGUCUUCUGUACGUUGUUACACACAGUCUCAAUCUGCUCAAGUGAUGGAUGACUUUGAAGAGAGGAGAAAUUCUGAUGAUUCUCGUGUUAUAUUUUUGAAGGGAGAAAAACUGAAAAACUGCUCAAUCUUCAUCAUUGACGACUCAGUGUUUGAACCAGAAGAGCAGUUAAAGAUCUACCUAAGCAAUCCUCUCGGCAAUCACUGGAGUGGAGCAAGAAUUGGGAAAAUAGAUAUGGCUACCAUUACCAUUUCAAAUGAUGAGGAUGCACCCACCAUUGAAUUUGAGGAGUCUACAUAUCAAAUUAGAGAGCCCCAGGAACCAGAUGGAGUAGCCAUUUUAAACAUAAAAGUAAUAAGAAGAGGAGACCAGAACAGGACAUCAAAGGUGCGUUGUAGCACUCGAGAUGGAUCUGCCCAGUCAGGAGUUGACUAUUAUCCAAAAAGCAGAGUUCUUAAAUUUAGCCCAGGCAUUGAUCACAUAUUUUUCAAGGUGGAAAUCUUGUCAAAUGAGGACAGAGAGUGGCAUGAAUCCUUUUCACUGGUUCUUGGACCUGAUGACCCUGUUGAAGCUGUGCUUGGAGAUAUAACAACUGCAACAGUGACUAUUCUGGACCAGGAGGCAACAGGAAGUCUAAUAUUACCAUCACCACCUAUAGUUGUAUCCCUGGCCGACUUUGACCAUGUGGAGGAAGUUAUUAAGGAGGGCAAAAAGAAAUCUCCAUCUCCUGGGUACCCACUUAUUUGUGUCACUCCAUGUGACCCACACUUUCCGAAGUACUUUGUGAUGAAGGAACGGUGUGAGGAGGCUGGCAUUAAUCAGUCCACUAUUGUGUUCAGCUGGGAAGUGGCAGCACCCACCGAUUCUAAUGGGGCAAGAUCUCCUUUUGAGACUGUAACUGAUACCACUCCUUUCACUGGGGUCAAUCACAUGGUGCUGGAUAGCAUUUAUUUCAGCAGACGUUUCCAUGUACGUUGUGUUGCGAAAGCAGUGGAUAAAGUUGGACAUAUGGGAACACCACUGCGAAGCAAUAUAGUGACAAUAGGAACUGACAGUGCAAUAUGCCACACGCCAGUGGUAGCCGGCACCGCAAGAGGCUUCCAGGCUCAAUCAUUCAUUGCAACUCUGAAGUAUCUGGAUGUUAAACACAAAGAACAUCCCAACAGAAUUCAUAUCUCGGUGCAGAUUCCACAUCAGGAUGGCAUGCUGCCACUUAUCUCUACAAUGCCACUGCAUAACCUUCACUUCUUGCUUUCUGAAUCCGUUUAUCGCCAUCAGCAUGUAUGCUCCAAUCUUGUCACCAUCCGUGAUUUGAAAGGCCUUUCAGAAGCUGGAUUUCUGGAUGAGGUGACAUAUGACAGCAUUGCGGUUGGUCCAGGUUAUGAUCGUCCCUACCAAUUUGAUCCCAAUGUCAGAGAACCAAAGACAGUUCAGCUGUACAAACACCUCAACCUGAAGAGUUGCAUUUGGACUUUUGAUGCAUAUUAUGACAUGACAGAACUCAUUGAUGUCUGUGGUGGAGCUGUGACUGCAGAUUUUCAGGUGCGAGACUCGGCCCAGUCCUUUCUGACGGUUCAUGUUCCUCUGUAUGUGUCCUACAUUUAUGUCACUGCACCAAGGGGUUGGGCUUCUUUGGAACACCACACAGAGAUGGAAUUUUCCUUUUUCUACGAUACUGUUCUCUGGAGAACCGGAAUCCAGACAGACAGUGUUCUGUCUGCCAGACUUCAGAUCAUAAGAAUAUAUAUUCGGGAGGAUGGUCGUCUGGUCAUUGAAUUUAAAACCCAUGCUAAAUUUAGAGGUCAGUUUGUCAUGGAGCAUCACACUCUUCCAGAUAUGAAAUCUCGCAUUAUGGCACCUGACCACUUGGGUGGCAUCGAGUUUGACCUUCAGCCUUUGUGGAGUGCGCAGACAUUUGACUCUCCAUAUCAGCUGUGGAGAGCAACAAGCUCAUACAGCAGAAAAGACUACUCUGGAGAAUAUACCAUCUACUUAAUUCCCUGUACUGUGCAGCCAACACAGUCAUGGGUAGACCCUGGAGAUAAACCUCUAGCCUGCACAGCCCAUGCUCCAGAAAGGUUUCUUAUUCCUAUCGCCUUUCAGCAGACUAACCGUCCAGUGCCUGUUGUAUAUUCUUUAAACACUGAAUUCCAGCUGUGUAACAAUGAAAAGAUUUUCUUGAUGGAUCCAACAAAGACUGAGAUGUCACUUGCAGAGAUGGAUUAUAAAGGAGCAUUUUCCAAAGGUCAAACCCUGUAUGGAAGAGUACUUUGGAAUCCAGACCAGAAUCUGAAUUCAGCAUACAAGCUCCAACUGGAGAAGGUUUAUCUCUGCACUGGGAAGGAUGGAUAUGUUCCUUUCUUUGAUCCCACAGGCACCAUUUAUAAUGAAGGCGCUCAGUAUGGUUGUAUUCAGCCUAAUAAGAACCUAAAGCAUCGGUUUCUGCUCUUGGACCGAAACCAGCCAGAAGUAACUGAUAAAUUCUUCCAUGACGUUCCGUUUGAUGCACACUUUGCUGCAGAGUCAUCAGAUUUUCAUGCCAUGAGUGGCAUACCUGGAGUGGAUGGCUUUACCAUGAAAGUAGAUGCCCUCUACAAGGUUGAAACUGGGCACCAGUGGUACCUUCAAGUUAUUUACAUCAUUGGUCCAGAGACAAUGGCAGGACCUAGAGUUCAGCGAUCAGUCACCUACCAACUGAGGCGUGCCCGCAGGGAUCUGGUUGACAACAAUGGCAGGCUUACUCUGGAUGAAUCUUUGAUUUAUGACAACGAAGGAGACCAGGUUAAGAAUGGCACUAACAUGAAGACUUUGAACUUGGAAAUGGAAAGUGCUGCAACUGCGGCAUCUCAAACGGGGGCUUCUAUCGGAAGUGCCUUUGCAGCCAUAAUGCUACUUAUGCUUGUUCUUUUGUCUGUGUGCCUUAUCACACAGAAGUGCAGGAAAAACAGAAAGAAGACGCCACCUAGAGAUGCUGCUGAGGAAUAUCCACUGAACACUAAGGUUGAUGCUUCAAGGAAAAACAUAGACAGAAUGGAAAAGAACUUUAGCAAGCAGCAUUGUACUGUCAGGAACAUUAACCUGCUCAAUGACAGUAAAGAUGACUACGAGGUUAAAAGCGUUAGAAUUAAGCAAAUGAAUCUUGAAGUCAAAGUUCAUAAUAACUUACACGAUGGAACAGAAGUUUGAUGACAUGUUGGCACAUACAAAGUAUAUUUUGAAAAGGUUAAACCAUUUUAUAAGAUGUAAAAAAAGAAACAAGCACCAGUAUUUUUCUACAUUAAAAGGGAACGUAAAUGAACGAUGGACAGAUGUGCAGUACUAACUGCGACUCAACUGAGCUACCUCGCUAUGCCCACGUCUGCGAGAUACAUGGGGCUAAAACACAUGGCAAAUAUUUGUUCUUUCCCUCCAAUUGCCUAGAAAAUUGCACUGCACAUAGUCUAACCACUGCCACCAAAGGUCAAAAACUAGAUGUUUCAUUACCUAUAAGCUUUAUAUGCACUGUAUUAGAACAAUCAAAUCACUGCAGAUAUUAUUUUGUAUUUUUUUUAUUUAGGGUCCCUAUUCUGUCCUUAAAAUCAUAUUCUAUAUUAUAGAAAAUUAAUUGUAAUCUGCUGUACCUUAGAUUCUACAAGUAUCUUCAUGAUACUAAUAUUGAGACUACUAUAAGGACACUUGGGAGAAGACACUGGAGAAAUGAUGUUUUUUCUAUAUUGUAGUAAAAGAAUGUUCAGUUUUACCAGACUUCAGUAAUGA